UCUUCCCAGAUCAAUCUCACCUAGCCGUCGCCUCUCCCCUCUUCCGUCUCACGUUCGUAUUCGUGCUCGUCGUUCCGUCCAGAGCUUUCUCAACUUCCCAAAGUCCUUUCCUACCCUCUUCUUCUCCUUCUGUCACGGCUUCUUCCCUGGCAUCGUAUUAUUUUUCUUCUCCGUUCUUCGACGUCCUCCAAGACAGGGCGGCAGCUUCGUUGUCGUCGUCUUAUUGUAUUCUUCGUCUACAGUUUCGCUGGAGGCUUUUUUGGGAGCAGAGAAAUGCUUCAGUUGUUUCUAUGCGAGCCCACCUGGUGUGACGUCAAUGGGAAAGAUGAAUCUUGUACGCGGAGAAUAUCUCUACUUGAUAAAUUAGAAUCAGCCAUUUGGUCAUUGAUGCAAUCAGGAGGUCGAUCUGAAGCCCGACUUUGGCUUUGUAAAAGUCUUUCGGGCAUACGUUCCAUAAGCUCUCUCCGACAACGCGACUUGUUUGUGAGACUUUUGAGAUCCAUGCCAAAUAAGAAGCAAUUAGCAUCACAACUUCUGCAGUUAAUAUUUGAGAAGCAACCAAAAAAAGUGGGGCCUAUAAUUGCAAAGAAAAGCCACAGGUUGGAAAACUUUUUCAAAGGAAAUUCAAGACGUAUCAUGCAGUGGUUCUCAAAUUUUUCUGGCGCUGGUGAUGUGGAACAUGGAAAGGGUGCUAAGGCGCUCUCUCAAUUUGCUUUUGUAAACCGGGAUAUAUGUUGGGAGGAGCUUGAAUGGAAAGGUAAACAUGGGCAGUCACCAGCCAUGGUUGCAACAAAACCGCAUUAUUUCCUUGAUUUGGAUGUCCAACAGACAGUUGAAAAUUUUAUUGAGUACGUGCCAGAAUUUUGGUCAUCUCAUGAGUUUUCUGAGUCCUUAAAGGAUGGAAAUAUAUUGCUUGUCGAUCCAAAGUAUUUUGUUAAUUUGUUUACUGACCUGAUGUACGAGGAGGAACUAGAAGACAUAUGGGAAGUUAUAGAAGAAUUCCUUGAGGAGCAAUCCUUCUCAUUCCUUUGUCAUCGUCUUCUUAUGAUUCUCGAAGAACAGGACUUCUGUUAUUUUCUAGAUUUGUUACCAAGAUACCUUAAGCGAAAGUCAGAAUCAGUAGGGUUUGACAAUGCGACUGAUUGGUUCGAUAUUGUACUUCUUGAAUUCUGCGGUUCACAUAACCUUGAUCAGUUACUUCUACUAAAUGCAGUGACUAAUCAACAUCGCCAACUCCUACGGCUUGUGCAGGAAGAAGGUAGUGAGGAAGACAGAGAGGAGAUAAAGCAUUUGGUUUUAGAACUUUGUACAUCCUCUAGUUCUACCAAUGAUUUGGAACCAAUUAUGGCAGAAGGAUUGAAGAUGAAACAAUUGAAAUUGGUAACAAGGUUGGGUGUUCAAUCUUGGGCUAUAUAUUUUCGGUUAAUGGAUGAGUUCAUAAGCCUUGAAUCCUGGGAGCCUCUAUUUAUCAGCAAUGGAAUAAAGUUCCGUAAGUCUGAUAAGUAUACUUUUCUACGUCAUGAUGAACUUUCUGAAGACUGUGUAUCGGAUAAUGACCGGAGGUCUUCAGUGAGCCUCAAGCUCAAGAAGCAGAGGAAACAUAGAAAGAAAAGAAAGCGAAAUUCAGAUCCCGAUGAAAGUUAUGAGAAUGAUAAGGUUGAUUAUGAUUUAUCAAACAACAUGUUAGAUUUUCAACCCAACGCAAGUGAUUGGUUGCUCUCUACAGAUGGCUUUUCUACUGCAUGGAGCAGUGCUGAUCUGCCGGAGCACCUUUCAAAUCAUUGCUUUAUUACAUGGUUGAAGUGGAUAUAUGGCAAGCCGAAAAAGGUGUCUUGAUCCCUACAAUUCGUACAAAGUUUUAAAUUGGGAACACCCUGGCAUUGCCCUCAUGCUGCGGCAAUCUUUAUUGAAGGCCUUUAAGCAGGGCAUCCGGGUGGAGUCUGUCGUCCCUUUGGAUCAGAUAAAACUUUCUGAUGACUACAGCAGGUGCCUAAUAUUUUUACUGGGCUUAAUUCCCUCGAUUGUUUAGCCUGUGUUGUUGAUGGAACAGUGGCUUACAUCGAACGCAUUCCAUGUGAGGUAUCUUAUCAUUACAACAUCGGUGUUGUGUUUGUCAUUGGGUGUUUUGGCAUGUUUGGUUUACUUGAAAACAAUUUCUACUAUUUAUGUUGUACUAAGAUUAUUUUAAGGUAUUAUUUAAUAUAUAUAUAUAUGCAUGAAGGAGGACAAAAAAAAAAUGAGAAGAAAUGAAAAAAAAGGGUAGUUGAUGAUGUAAAACUCUUGUUGUCUAUCAAAUGUACCAGUGUAAGGGUGUACCUCCAUUUUAUUUGUAUUUUGGAGUAUAUUUUGAUGUUUUGCAUUUGGAUUAUAUAUAUAUAUUUGUAUUAUAAUAGGAAAUAGGUUUGAAUUAAAAAUAGUUUUAUGAAAUGGUUUGAACACAAAACGGAGGUUGUAUAUGAUAUUUUUUCAGUGAA